AUGCAUGCACGAUUUCGUCACGUAUUCUAUUGCGUAUGCACCACUCUGGUAUUCGGUCUUCUAUACUGGAGUAAAGAAACAAGUAUAACAAAUGUCUAUAACGUUCUAAAUUCAUCCACGAGCACUAAUGGUUCAAUAUUUGACACUUGUCCACUGAUACUUUAUAAUCACUUGGACAAAGAACUAUUGAAAUUCUAUUGGCCAAAUUACAAUCCAAAAGAGAAUUGCGUCGUUUACGAGCCUCUUACGGAAUUGAUAGAUGGUCGUGUCUACAUGCGAGAAAAAGCGGAAGGUUUCAAAUGUAAAGCGAGAUGUAUUCUCCCAGUCACCGACAAUAGCUAUGACAUUGGUGGAUGGGUUACGCUUCCUUCAAAAUUCGUUUUCAAAUGCGACAUUGUUGAGACUGAAUGCGUAAAAAACAGAGUGGUUGAGUCUUUCCUGCAUAUGCAAAUAUAUGAAAAAUCAGGUGGGAAAGCUUCUCCAAGGCAUGACGUAUACCUAUUGAUUGUUGACUCCACCUCUUCAUUCAUGGCAAAAAGAUCAUGGCCCAAAACUCUGAAAUACCUUAAGGAGGAAAUGGGUGCAGUUCAGAUGGAGUUUCUAAACAAGGUGGGCGAUAAUAGUCGACCUAACGGAUUCCCACUAGCAUUUGGAAAAUCAGUUGAGGGUGGUAGUCGGGAUCUUGUUGGUCUCCCUCCAUUGGUUCCAGACUGGAAUGAUACUCAAAUAUGUCACAAAUUUCUCGACAAUUAUUCGUACCAUUUAUGGGAUUAUGCAAAGGAAGGGUACAAGACUAUGACUGCACAAGAUUUUGACGUCGGUAUGAUUUACUAUCCGAAGUGUCUGGGAUUUAGCAAGAGCGAGUCAGAUCACGUGUGGAGGCCUUUCGACCUCCGCAGGGGAGACUCAACUGAUUUCAAAAAGAGUCUGGAAGAAUCGUGCAGCGAGCGUCAUUUGGAAAUGUUAGAGUAUCUCGAGAAAUUCAUGUAUGCUUAUCCAGGUGUACCAAAAAUUGCUCAAAUAUGGCCAACAACACUGGCACACGAGACGCUCAAGGAUCUAUUCCAUUCCGACGAUCACUUCUUGAAUUUCUUCCAGAGGAAUAAGAAAUUCGUCAAUCGGUCGUUUUUCUUUUUCAUGGGCGAUCACGGGCCAAGACGAGAGGGUAUAGGAGAGUUGCGAUUGGGCCAAUACGAGAAUCUCAAUCCUUUUCUAAUGGUUAUAAUUCCUGCCAUCUACAGAAAUACUGCCAUACACGACCAACUGAAGAAAAAGGCACACGAACUAAUGACAAAUUUUGACAUCCAUGCCACUUUAAUGGAUAUCCUUAAGUUGCAACCAAACGUUGGUUUCUCGGAUGCCGCUCAUCGGGAAAUGAUGCCGUUGAGCAAAGGUUCAUCGCUUCUGCGGGAAUGGAGAGGACCGCGCAACUGUCGCACACUUCCGAUACCGUCCCAGUAUUGUAUAUGUCAAUAUAACAAGACAGAAGUCACGGAACCAAGUGUACAUCUACUUUUGGGACAGUUCUUUGCCAAGCAACUUAAUUUACAUUUGGCUGACGAAGGUCUUGAUGGGAAAUGUCAAAUGCAGCACUACAACAAGUCUUCGAGCAUAAAGGCGAUAAAAGAUGGAAAUUCAACGCUCUAUGAGACGGCAGUUUAUUUGAGUCCUUCCGGAGGACUGUUCUCAGCCUUCCUUCGCUCAAAUCCAGAUGCUCUUACCUUGAGUUCGGGCUUCACACGAUUGGAUCAAUAUGGGAAACAAGGAGAUUGUUUAGUUGGAAAUCCAAAUCGACCUUUGUGCCAUUGUAAAUGA